GCUACUUACUGGAAAGCUGAGAGACUCCACAUCAGGUCUCCAUUCCUCCACCCCUUCUUGCUCUCCUCUCUCUGGGGGUCAGCUUUAAGUCAGCUCCUCCCAGACCUCUCAGUUCCAGCCCCACCCAUCUCAGAGGACAGCAGGGAAGGCGAGACCCUGAGGCCUUCAUUUUUGUCUGUGAAGUCCAAGUCUCUUCAUCCCUCCUGAAGAGUUGUGAGACUUCUGUGCUUUCAACUCCGAGGUGCACAGGAAAAAUGGCCCAAACCACAGUGACUGUGGAUGGAGUCAAAGUGGCCUCCACAUGCCCCCAGUCUGCUCAUAUCAGCAUCCACAUCCACCACAGUUCAGCUUUGGAGCAGCUGCUGGGAGCUAUGGGCUCCCUGAAGAAGUUUCUCUCCUGCCCUCAGGCCACUAAGCCCUCCAAGGCCAGAAUCCGCUAUGGGCAGCUGUCUCUAGGGGUGACCCAGAUAUUGCUGGGACUUAUGAGCUGUGUUCUUGGGGUGUGUCUCUACUUCGGGCCUUGGACUGAGCUGUGUGCCUCUGGCUGUGCCUUCUGGUCAGGGUCUGUGGCAAUUGUAGCUGGAGUUGGAACUGUUAUCCACGAGAAGUGGCAAGGAAAACUGUCUGGCCACACAUCACGUCUGCUCCUCCUGGCUUGCAUUGCCACAGCUGUAGCUGCUACCGUUCUGGGUGUGAAGAGCUUAAUCUGGCAAACGAGCGGUUUCUACUACUUCGAGAUCAGUUCCACAUGCGACUUCUUGAAAAUAAGCAUGGACCGGUAUGAGUUAUCGCAAUACGCUGAACCAGACUGGAAGACGGAGCAGUGCAGAGAGUACCUGAACAUGAUGAUGAACUUGUUCCUAGCAUUCUGCAUCAUGUUCACCGUUGUCUGUAUCCUGGAGAUUGUUGUGUCUGUGGCUUCCCUGGGACUAAGUCUCCGAAGUAUGUGCGGCCGGAACUCCCAGGCCCUGAAUGACGAAGAGACAGAGAAGAAGCUUCUCGGUGGGGAUUCGGCACCCACCUCCCCGAUCAAAGAGAAGAUUCCUGUUAUCCUGUGAGCUGCCCAAACCCACAUGUGUCCCUGUCCAGAGUAAUCCAGGGAGGACCCAACUGUUCCCAGGACCCCUUCGGGCCCUGCAGCUCACACCUACUUCUGAUGCAACCACUAUCCAGCCCUCUUUCUCUUCCUCUCUCCCCACUGUCCUCACGACAAUGUCCUUUCUUCCAUGAACAAAUAUUAUGUCAUUUUCUCCAAUGCUGAUAAAGCAGACACAACCAGAAAA